AAAAUCCGCACGCACAAAAAAUAUCAAGCCCGUCGUCACUCGCUUGGUGAGGAUUGUAGGUGAACGGUGUGCCGGAGGAAGCGGCAAGAUUGUGUGUUUAGAACGUGACGGGGAGGUAUUCAGGUAUUCUUGGACGAGGUUACCUGAGUUUUCAAGUCUGGGCAAUUGUUGGAAUUCAUCGUACAUCAUCUACAUUCCAUUUUUUACGAUCAUUUUUACGAUCAGCGUUUCCAGUGGUUUCAUACUCUGUUUUAGUCGGGUUAACUGAAAUCCGGUUUCGUUGUGGGUCUAUUUUUACGGAACUUCCACUACACUAUCGUUGUUCGUUGACUCAAUUGCCAAGGACAGUACCCCAGUUCAGGAUUGACAAUCAUGUCACGGACGCGAGUGCUACGGGGAUUUUACAGUCCCUUCUCACGACGGAGGCUGACAACAAUAUCCAUUGGAGCCUUGCUGUCUCCACAAACGAUUCAAACCCCAAAAACUCUCCAGACUGUUAGCAUUCACCCUUCAGUGAAUGAGGAAUUUGAGAGGAUAGUAAACUCAUUCGAUGCACCCAUCGAUGUAGCAAUUGCGUAUGGAAGCGGAGUGUUUUCGCAAAAAGGAUACGACAAAAAGAAAAAGCCAAUGCUUGAUUUUAUAUUCGGUGUAAAGGACCCUUAUCAAUGGCAUUCCGUGAAUGUCAAACAAAACCCGAAGCAUUACUCAUUCCUUAAAUACUUUGGUAGUCGCUCAAUUAGUUAUCUGCAAGAGUCGGUCGGUACCGGUGUUUAUUACAAUCCAUUCGUUCGCAUGGGUGGCUCGGUAAUCAAAUACGGUGUUACGAGUCUGCACAAUUUGUAUGAUGAUCUGCUUCAUUGGUCGACGCUGUACCUUGCCGGGCGUUUGCACAAACCGACAAAGAUUAUUCGGGCGCCUGACGAGUUCUUCGAAUUCAAUCACAAGAACUUGGAGUCGGCCCUAUACGCAGCUCUGCCAUUCCUCUCAGAAAAGUUUCAGGAAGCCGAACUCUACAGUACCAUAGCUAGUCUCUCUUACUUGGGAGACGUUCGCAUGUCAGCAAUGGCUGAAAAUCCACAAAAGGUAAAAAACAUUGUCGCUGCACAAUUCCCGCUUUUUCGUAAACUUUACCUACCUCUCAUUCACCAAGUUGGUAAUAUUCGUGCCGAUAAUGCUGAGCAACUCAAUGACCUGGCAUGCGCGGAUACUAGCAAGCAACUUCAAUUUAGACACGACAAAAACGCCAAUGCUUGUCUCUCUUCCAUUAUGAAACUACCCAAACAGUUCCAACGACAGGUACUGAGACAAUACAGCAAGUCAGGCGAUACCGCCGUAGUCCUCAAAAUACUCGCCCAAGAGUCUACCGCCCAAAGAAGAAAUCGUUGCAAGCGUGCAGUUCACAAACUGACAGGCUUCAGCAUCCUUAUGCAAACCAUCAAAGGACUCCUUACCGCGGGGUUCGCAAAAUCGUUCAUCUAUGUUUUGGAAAAAUUAAAGAAAGGUCCACUCGGCAAGUUGUUGAAAAAGUAGGGGAAGAACUAUAGACAAUGUCAUUUGCUAUUAUUAAAGGGGUCAUAUAAACACAGAUGUCCAUGCUUUCAAAAAAAAUCAAAGCUUCGUACUGGCGCUUCGCGGCUUAGAAUACGACGUGCUCGAGUUACUGAUACCGACCAAGUCAUCAGGCAUACGUUCCUUUGACGGCAAUAGGCCCAUCGCCAUAGCAAAACGUUUCGACCAAGACAUUUUGCGACUGUGAGAAUGCAUGUGAGCAGACGCGGGUUGGGAAGAGGUUAUGGAAACGGAGGAUAUGGGACGCCCGCCCUUGGCACGACUUCCCUUACCCCGUACUUCCUUUGAAUGUGAAAGUGUGGAAGCGGGAAGGCGUUUCGCAGGCGAGUCUGUUUCCAUUCCCUUGGGACAUACCGGAGAAUGGUUGCUGUUGCUGUUGCUGUCCUCCGUAAGCGUCUUUGUCGAGCCUGGCAAACUUUGAUCUAAAUACACUUGUGAGGUAGGCUCUUGCAAACUGACAACGCUGGCGUCGCGUAUGUGGUGAUUGCUUGUGCCGUUCAUGAGACUCCCUUUCACCGCCAUUUGCUCGUUCAUGCGAACGUUACGCUGGAGCAUUUGUUCGUAUUGUUCGCGCAGCUCGUUAAUACGGGCCACGAGGCCGUCUUGUUGCGUUUUCAAAUCAUUGACAUCGGUACGCAAGGAGUCGCGUUGGGCUUCGAGAACCACAGUAACCUUCUCCAAGUUGCACUUGCGUGUUUCCAAGCGUGAGACAUCUUCGUGUAACGUUUGCACUUGUGUACUUAACCGUGUAUGCUCAACAAGAAGUGUCUGUUUCUCAUCCUGGAGCUUCUGAAUCUGUCCUCGUUGUUCGUCAACAACAUGUUGAUGCGACAUGACCGGUUGCUGCUGUUGUGAUUGCUGUUUGCCAUGUUCCGGGUAAUGUGUGUAAGAAACCCCGUCGGCUUGCUCCGGAGCGGAAACAAGGCUCAUAUUUGCCAUCUGAUCUUCAAGCUGUUUCAGCAUAAACGUCUGUUUCUCCAUGGUAUCGGCGGAUGAAGCCUCGAACCGCGACAACAGAUCCUGGAUGCUGCGGACAGCUUCUGUCGUGGCGGCAGGACUUUGCUUCUCAAGAUGUGAGGCGAGUUGGCCGAUGCGAUCCUGCAGUACCUGCAGUGUAGCGUCCAAAGACGCACUUUCGACUGCGAGAGCAGACGAGGUUGUUCCCUCUUGAACACGGAAAUACUGCAUCGACUCAUUGUCGCGUUUCUGUUCGCUUGCUUCUGCCUGAACUACAACAGAGCUUCUCAAGGUGGAUUGAACAUCUGUUGCAAGCAAACGAAACCGCUCCAUCAACUGUGACAGCAGUGUUUCAACAUGCGGAUUGGGACUCCCUUCGUUGAUACUAAGAACAGCGUUUCGGAUGUCCGACAACUGCACCGCAUUAUCGUAACUUCUCGUAUAGAUUUUCGUCAAUUGAGUAGCAAUUGCGUUAACUGUCAACGAAAGCGAAUUCAAAACAUCCAAGGCUUUGGUUUCCGUAUCGCCCAGCGGAGAAUAACCACGAGUGGGAGACGGACUCAACCGUCUCGACAAGUUAGCGUACGUAGUUGUACGCGGCAAUGAAUUCCCCUUCUUCUCUGCUGUUGUUGGGGGACUGGGAAGAGGAACGUGGACAGAUCGUCUACGUACAUCUGCUGAUUCCCACCUAGUUUGUGUGAGCUUCAUACAAUCCGAAAUACUAUCCGAAUGUCGAACAACAAAAUAAUAGCAGUCUCUUAGUCUUCUGUUUCGCUGUCCAACAGCACAGUGUCGGCUCCAAACUGUCGUCUUUUGCAGCUGGUAACGAAGGGCUGGCUCGUACGACAGUUCAGCUCUUUGCGAAACCUACAGACAGACUAUAUUUGCAUUAUACAUACCCUUGGGUCACACCGGGCAGAGGCUUCCUCGACAUUGCUCUGUAGUAUUCAAUGGAUACAGCGGCUGAAGUAGGAGGCUCCAGGUCAGUCAGGGCGGUGGUAGGUGAGAGGUCAUUCGAGGGAGUAGAACGCGUUGCAUAUUUCAUUUAGGCUAAGUAAGCGUUGAGACGAAAGAAAUGGAACAACAGGCAACAAGCGAAUUGCACAGCAGCAGAGAGUAAAGAGAGCCGGGUCGAGUCGCUCCAGCGAUCCUUGCAAAGCACGGGCAGGCCAAUUGCACUUGCGACGUCUUAGACGCUUUCUACAGGCUACGGAAUUCAUUCACUAACAACACAGAAGAAAGAAGAGUAUCAUAGCUAAAACGGAAAACAGAACGACGUAGGCUAAUAAAUAUUAAAAACGAAGAAGAUAAGAGGGGAGCAGUUGAAUUGCAGUAUCAGGACUUGGUAAGCAAAUUCAAAGAGUGUGUCGACGCAAUGACUAACCGACAUCGGCGUUUUUUUUUCUUUUGAUAUGAUGGUAGAAAGCAUACACGGGGCAACAAGACGCGGGACAGUGCAUAUGCUACUAACAGCUACGCAAGACAAGACAGACUUCGUUAUUAAACAAUAAAAGGCAGAGUAUGAAAACCACCGAAGAAUUAAAAUCGCACGAACCUGUAUUGGCUACAGUGGAAGCAGUAGAAGAAGCAUGCAGUCUUUGUCGAGCCAAACUUGUCGAUGGCUACUUUUCAAACGAAACCUUUUCGUCCCGCACAUCCGCGAGAAAGGCUAAGAAUUUAGAGUUCUUGAACUUCUCAUCCUCCUGUUGCUCACUUCCGAGCGAAGAGAGAAGCUCAGCUGCUUGGGCAGCAAGCAUUUUUGUAUAUUUGGGAGAAACUUCAUCCAGAGUUGCUGCUGAAGACAAACCGUCAUGGGGAUCCAGGUCAUCAUCAUCGCCAUAACACGGAUCGAACAGCUCGUCGUCUUCCUGACCCGCACCGUUGAACGAACCGGAGGGAGCAUAGUCGCACAAACGCUGGUCAGCCUUCAAAAGCAAACCAUCGUCAUUGAUUUCGCUGUCCUCACAGAGAGCCCGCGCAUACUCGGACUCUGCCGGAUCAGGCACUCUGUAGGAGGGUGCUGGGGUUGCUGGUUUGUAGAUGGUUGAAUGAACACUGUAACGAGGA